UCCAUCCAGCUCCUUUCUCCCCUUCCAGGUGGCCAGUGAUGUGAAGGGCUUACAUGAGACCCAACAGAAGGAAAAUCACGUGGCUGGGAAAAAAAGAAAGAGAUGGCAAGAAAUAAAUUGAAAAAAUUCACUACUUUGGAGAUUAUCCUUAGUGUUCUUCUGCUCGCAGUGUUCAUCAUCGCUGUUGUUUUAAUUGUGCUUUUAGCAACAGGUUCUACGGAAUCAAAAGCCCCAGAUCCUGGGACCACAAGUAUCACCCCUAAUUCUACUGAAUGCCCAGUGGUAACUGAAUCUGAACGGAUAAACUGCAUCCCUGACCAGCCACCAACAAAGGCUACAUGUGACCUGCGUGGCUGCUGUUGGGAAGCUCAGGGAACCAUAGGUAUUCCUUGGUGCUACUAUUCUAAGAAUCAUGGCUACCAAGUGCAGGGGGAUCCUGUAAACACAAAUGCAGGAUUCACAGCCCAGUUGAAAACUCUGCCUUCUUCAUCCCCAUUUGGAAAUGAUGUUGACAACGUUCUUCUCACAGCCGAAUACCAGACAUCCAACCGUUUCCACUUUAAGUUGACUGACCAAACCAAGGACAGGUAUGAAGUGCCCCAUGAACAUGUACAACCCUUUAAUAAAAAUGCUGCUGCUUCCUUGAACUAUGAAGUUGAGGUCUCUAAACAGCCAUUUAGCAUCAAAGUGACCAGAAGAAGCAACAAUCGUGUUCUGUUUGACUCAAGCAUCGGGCCCCUCCUGUUUGCGGAUCAGUUCCUGCAGCUCUCCAUCCGCCUGCCUAGUGCUAAUGUGUAUGGUCUGGGAGAACAUGUGCACCAACAAUACCGGCAUGACAUGAAUUGGAAGACCUGGCCCAUAUUUACGAGGGACACAACCCCCAAUAAGGAUGGAAAUAACUUGUAUGGUGCUCAGACAUUUUUCCUGUGCCUUGAAGAUGCUAGUGGAUUAUCCUUUGGGGUGUUUCUGAUGAACAGCAAUGCCAUGGAGGUCACCCUCCAGCCUGCCCCAGCAAUCACUUACCGUACCAUUGGGGGCAUUCUUGACUUCUAUGUGUUCCUGGGAAACACACCAGAGCAAGUUGUUCAAGAAUAUCUAGAGCUUAUUGGACGGCCAGCUCUACCUUCAUACUGGGCACUUGGAUUCCACCUCAGCAGGUAUGAGUAUGGAACCCUAGAAAACAUGAAAGAAGUCUGGAACAGAAACCGGGCAGCACAACUCCCUUAUGAUGUUCAACAUGGCGAUAUUGAUUAUAUGGAUGAGAGGAGGGACUUCACGUAUGACCCAGUGGAUUUUAACGGCUUCCCUGAGUUUGUUAAGGAGUUACACAAUAACGGACAGAAAUUUGUUAUCAUUGUGGAUCCAGCCAUCUCCAACAACUCUUCCCAGAGCCAUCCCUAUGGCCCAUAUGACAGGGGCUCUGCUAUGAAGAUAUGGGUGAAUAGUUCAGAUGGAGUGAAUCCACUCAUUGGGGAGGUAUGGCCUGGUAAAACUGUGUUUCCUGAUUAUACCAAUCCCAACUGUGCUGUUUGGUGGGCAAAGGAAUUUGAGCUUUUCCACAGUGAAGUGGAGUUUGAUGGAAUCUGGAUUGAUAUGAAUGAAGUCUCCAACUUUGUUGAUGGUUCAGUUUCAGGAUGUUCCACAAACAACCUCAAUUAUCCCCCCUUCACUCCAAGAGUCCUGGAUGGGUAUCUCUUCUCCAAAAGUCUCUGCAUGGAUGCAGUACAGCACUGGGGCAAGCAGUACGAUGUCCACAACCUGUAUGGCUACUCCAUGGCGAUCGCCACAGCAGAAGCUGUCAAGACUGUGUUCCCUAAUAAGAGAAGCCUCAUUAUAACCCGUUCUACCUUUGCGGGAUCUGGCAAGUUUGCAGCACAUUGGUUAGGAGACAAUGCAGCCACCUGGAAUGACCUUCAGUGGUCUAUCCCUGGCAUGCUUGAGUUCAACCUUUUUGGUAUUCCAAUGGUGGGUGCAGACAUAUGUGGCUUUGCAUUGGAUGCCCCUGAGGAGCUCUGCAGGCGGUGGAUGCAGCUGGGAGCAUUUUAUCCAUUUUCCAGAAAUCACAAUGGCCGAGAAUACAAGGACCAGGAUCCUGCCUCCUUUGGAGCUGACUCCUUGCUGAUGAAUUCGUCCAGGCACUACCUUAACAUUCGCUAUACUUUAUUGCCUUACCUGUACACUCUCUUCUACUAUGCUCAUAGCCGAGGGGACACAGUGGCCAGACCUCUUCUACAUGAAUUCUACAAGGACAGUGAAACUUGGGAUGUGCACCGGCAGUUUUUAUGGGGCCCAGGCCUCCUCAUCACUCCAGUUCUGGAUGAGGGUGCAGAGAAAGUAACAGCAUAUGUGCCUGAUGCCAUCUGGUAUGACUAUGAAACUGGGGGCCAAUUGAGAUGGAGGAAGCAAAAAGUUGAGAUGGAAAUUCCUAGAGACAAAAUCGGACUUCACCUUCGAGGAGGCUAUAUCUUCCCCACACAACAGCCAAGUACGACGACUAUGGCCAGUCGAAGGAACCCUCUUGGUCUCAUUAUUGCCCUGGAUGAGAACAAAGAAGCAACAGGAAAACUUUUCUGGGAUGACGGGGAAACCAAAGAUACUGUGGCCAAUAAAGUGUAUCUUUUAUGUGAAUUUUCUGCCACCCAAAACCGCCUGGAUGUGAAGAUUUCACAAGCAACCUACAAGGACCCCAAUAAUUUAGCAUUUCAGCAGAUUAAAAUCUUUGGGACACAGAAACCCAGCAACGUUACAGUGAAACAAAAUGGUGUCCUGAGUCAGACUGUUCCCAAGGUCACAUAUGACGCUCAGCUGAAGGUUGCCAUCAUCACAGAGAUCAGUCUUGUGCUGGGAGAGGAAUACACAGUGGAGUGGAACACAAUCAUCAGAGAUGAAGAAAAAAUAGACUGCUACCCUGAUGAGCAUGGUGCUUCUGAAGCAAACUGCAUUGCCCGAGGCUGUGCCUGGGAGGAAUCCAGUUCUGUUGGAGUCCCUCAUUGUUAUUUUGUCAAUGAUCUGUACUCUGUGAGCAAUGUCCAGUACAACUCCCAUGGGGCCACGGCUGACAUCUCCUUAAAGCCUUCUGUUUAUGCCAACACCUUCCCCUCCACACCUGUGAAUCCCCUCCACCUGCAGGUGACCUACCAUAAGGAUGAAAUGCUGCAAUUUAAGAUUUAUGAUCCCAACAGUAGUCGGUAUGAAGUCCCAGUCCCCCUGAACAUUCCCAGGGCUCCAUCCAGCACCUCCGAGAAUCGACUCUAUGAUGUCCUCAUUAAGGAGAAUCCAUUUGGGAUCGAAAUUCGCCGGAAGAGUACAGGCACUGUAAUUUGGGACUCUCAGCUCCUUGGCUUCACCUUCAAUGACAUGUUCCUCCGCAUCUCCACCCGCCUGCCCUCCAAGUACAUCUAUGGCUUUGGGGAAAAUGAGCACACAGCCUUCAGGAGAGACUUGAACUGGCACACGUGGGGCAUGUUUUCCAGAGAUGAACCCCCCGGGUACAAGAAGAAUUCCUAUGGCGUCCACCCCUACUACAUGGGACUAGAGGAGGAUGGCAGUGCCCAUGGAGUUCUCCUGCUGAACAGCAAUGCCAUGGAUGUGACAUUCCAGCCCACGCCUGCCCUCACAUACCGCACCACAGGGGGAAUUCUGGACUUUUAUAUGUUCUUGGGGCCAACUCCAGAGCUUGUCAUCCAGCAGUACACUGAGGUGAUUGGACGGCCUGUGAUGGUACCUUAUUGGUCUCUGGGUUUCCAGCUGUGUCGCUAUGGAUAUGAGAAUGACUCUGAGAUCGCCAGCUUGUAUGAGGAGAUGGUGGCUGCCCAGAUCCCUUAUGAUGUGCAGUACUCAGACAUUGACUACAUGGAGCGCCAGCUGGACUUUACCCUCAGCCCCAAGUUUGAUGGGUUUCCAGCCCUGAUCAAUCGCAUGAGGGCUGAUGGGAUGCGGGUCAUCCUCAUCCUGGACCCAGCCAUUUCUGGCAAUGAGACACAGCCCUAUCCUGCCUUCACUCGGGGAGUGGAGGAUGAUGUCUUCAUCAAAUAUCCAAAUGGUGGAGGCAUUGUCUGGGGAAAGGUGUGGCCUGAUUACCCUGAUAUUGUUGUUAACAGCUCUCUAGACUGGGACAGUCAAGUGGAGGCAUACCGAGCUUAUGUGGCCUUCCCAGAUUUUUUCCGUAAUUCAACUGCCUUGUGGUGGAAGAGGGAAAUUGCAGAACUAUACUCCAAUCCACAGAAUCCAGAGAAGAGCUUGAAGUUUGAUGGCAUGUGGAUUGAUAUGAAUGAACCAUCGAGCUUUGUCAAUGGGGCUGUUCCUUCAGGCUGCAGUGAUGCCAGUCUGAACCGUCCUCCCUACAUGCCACAUCUGGAGUCCAGGGACCGGGGCCUAAGCAGCAAGACCCUGUGCAUGGAGAGUGAGCAGAUCCUUCCAGAUGGCUCCCGGGUGCGACACUAUGAUGUGCACAGCCUGUACGGGUGGUCCCAGACCAGACCCACAUAUGAAGCUGUGCAGGAGGUGACUGGACAGCGAGGGAUCGUCAUCACCCGCUCCACAUUCCCCUCCUCUGGCCGCUGGGGAGGACACUGGCUGGGAGACAACACUGCCACAUGGGACCAGCUGAAGAAAUCUAUCAUUGGCAUGAUGGAGUUCAGCCUCUUUGGCAUCUCCUAUACAGGAGCAGAUAUCUGUGGGUUCUUUCAAGAUGCUGAGUAUGAGAUGUGUGCUCGCUGGAUGCAGCUGGGAGCCUUUUACCCCUUCUCCAGGAACCACAACACCAUUGGCACCAGGAGACAAGACCCUGUGUCCUGGGAUGCUGCCUUUGUGAAUAUUUCCAGGAGUGUGAUGGAGACCCGAUACACCCUGUUGCCAUAUCUGUACACCUUGAUGUUCAAGGCCCACACGGAGGGCAGCACUGUGGUGCGGCCUCUUCUGCACGAGUUUGUGUCAGACCGUGUGACAUGGGACAUAGAUGAUCAGUUCCUGCUGGGUCCAGCCUUCCUUGUCAGCCCCGUCCUGCAGGCUAAUGCCAGAAAUGUGAAUGCCUAUUUCCCUGAAGCCCGCUGGUAUGAUUACUACACAGGUGCAAACACUAAUGCCAGGGGAGUGUGGAAGGACCUUGAAGCCCCUCUCAACCACAUUAACCUUCAUGUCCGUGGGGGCUACAUCCUGCCCUUGCAGGAGCCUGCACUGAACACACACUUGAGUCGGCAGAACCCCCUUGGUCUCAUCAUUGCCCUGGAUGAGAACAAUAAAGCAUCUGGAGAACUUUUCUGGGAUGAUGGGGCAUCGAUAGAUACUGUGGCCAAUAAAGUUUACCUUUUCUGUGAGUUUUCUGCCACCCAAAACCGCCUGGACGUGAAGAUUUCACAAGCAACCUACAAGGACCCCAAUAAUUUAGCAUUUCAGCAGAUUAAAAUCUUUGGGACACAGGAACCCAGCAACGUUACAGUGAAACACAAUGGUGUCCUGAGUCAGACUGCUCCCAAGGUCACAUAUGAUGCUCAGCUGAAGGUUGCCAUCAUCACAGAGAUCAGUCUUGUGCUGGGAGAGGAAUACACAGUGGAGUGGAACAUAAUCAUCAGAGAUGAAGAAAAAAUAGACUGCUACCCUGAUGAGCAUGGUGCUUCUGAAGCAAACUGCAUUGCCCGAGGCUGUGCCUGGGAGGAAUCCAGUUCUGUUGGAGUCCCUCAUUGUUAUUUUGUCAAUGAUCUGUACUCUGUGAGCAAUGUCCAGUACAACUCCCAUGGGGCCACGGCUGACAUCUCCUUAAAGCCUUCUGUUUAUGCCAACACCUUCCCCUCCACACCUGUGAAUCCCCUCCACCUGCAGGUGACCUACCAUAAGGAUGAAAUGCUGCAAUUUAAGAUUUAUGACCCCAACAAGAGUCGUUAUGAAGUCCCAGUCCCCUUGAACAUAACCAGUACUCCAUCCAGCACCGUGGAGAGUCGACUCUAUGAUGUCCUCAUUAAGGAGAAUCCAUUUGGAAUAGAAAUUCGCCGUAAGAGUACAGGCACUGUAAUUUGGGACUCUCAGCUCCUUGGCUUCACCUUCAAUGACAUGUUCCUCCGCAUCUCCACCCGCCUGCCCUCCAAGUACAUCUAUGGCUUUGGGGAAAAUGAGCACACAGCCUUCAGGAGAGACUUGAACUGGCACACGUGGGGCAUGUUUUCCAGAGAUGAACCCCCCGGGUACAAGAAGAAUUCCUAUGGCGUCCACCCCUACUACAUGGGACUAGAGGAGGACGGCAGUGCCCAUGGAGUUCUCCUGCUGAACAGCAAUGCCAUGGAUGUGACUUUCCAGCCCACACCUGCUCUGACAUACCGUACCACAGGGGGAAUUCUGGAUUUUUAUGUGUUCUUGGGGCCAACUCCAGAACUUGUCACUCAACAGUACACAGAGGUGAUUGGCCGGCCUGUGAUGGUACCGUACUGGUCCCUGGGGUUCCAGCUGUGUCGCUAUGGAUAUGAGAAUGAUUCUGAGAUUUCCAGCUUGUAUGAUGAGAUGGUGGCUGCCCAGUUCCCCUAUGAUGUGCAGUACUCAGACAUUGACUACAUGGAGCGGCAGCUGGACUUUACCCUCAGCCCCAAGUUUGCUGGGUUUCCAGCCCUGAUCAAUCGCAUGAGGGCUGAUGGGAUGCGGGUCAUCCUCAUCCUGGACCCAGCCAUUUCUGGCAAUGAGACACAGCCCUAUCCUGCCUUCACUCGGGGAGUGGAGGAUGAUGUCUUCAUCAAAUAUCCAAAUGGUGGAGGCAUUGUCUGGGGAAAGGUGUGGCCUGAUUACCCUGAUAUUGUUGUUAACAGCUCUCUAGACUGGGACAGUCAAGUGGAGGAAUACCGAGCUUAUGUGGCCUUCCCAGACUUUUUCCGUAAUUCAACUGCCUUGUGGUGGAAGAGAGAAAUUGCAGAACUGUACAACAACCCAGAGAAUCCAGAGAGGAGCUUGAAGUUUGAUGGCAUGUGGAUUGAUAUGAAUGAACCAUCGAGCUUUGUGAAUGGGGCUGUUCCUUCAGGUUGCAGUGAUGCCAGUCUGAACCAUCCUCCCUACAUGCCACAUCUGGAGUCCAGGGACCGGGGCCUAAGCAGCAAGACCCUGUGCAUGGAGAGUGAGCAGAUCCUUCCAGAUGGCUCCCGGGUGCGACACUAUGAUGUGCACAGCCUGUACGGGUGGUCCCAGACCAGACCCACAUAUGAAGCUGUGCAGGAGGUGACUGGACAGCGAGGGAUCGUCAUCACCCGCUCCACAUUCCCCUCCUCUGGCCGCUGGGGAGGACACUGGCUGGGAGACAACACUGCCGCAUGGGACCAGCUGAAGAAAUCUAUCAUUGGCAUGAUGGAGUUCAGCCUCUUUGGCAUCUCCUAUACGGGAGCAGAUAUCUGUGGGUUCUUUCAAGAUGCUGAGUAUGAGAUGUGUGCUCGCUGGAUGCAGCUGGGAGCCUUUUACCCCUUCUCCAGGAACCACAACACCAUUGGCACCAGGAGACAAGACCCUGUGUCCUGGGAUGCUGCCUUUGUGAAUAUUUCCAGGAGUGUGAUGGAGACCCGAUACACCCUGUUGCCAUAUCUGUACACCUUGAUGUUCAAGGCCCACACGGAGGGCAGCACUGUGGUGCGGCCUCUUCUGCACGAGUUUGUGUCAGACCAGGUGACAUGGGACAUAGAUGAUCAGUUCCUGCUGGGUCCAGCCUUCCUAGUCAGCCCUGUGCUGCAGGCUAAUGCCAGAAAUGUCACUGCUUAUUUCCCAGAAGCCCGCUGGUAUGAUUACUACACGGGUGCAAACACUAAUGCCAGGGGAGUGUGGAAGGACCUAGCAGCGCCUCUCAACCACAUUAACCUUCAUGUCCGUGGGGGCUACAUCCUGCCCUUGCAGGAGCCUGCACUGAACACACACUUGAGUCGGCAGAACCCUCUUGGUCUCAUCAUUGCCCUGGAUAAGAACAAUGAAGCAUCAGGAGAACUUUUCUGGGAUGAUGGGGAAUCAAUAGAUACCGUGGCCAAUAAAGUUUACCUUUUCUGUGAGUUUUCUGCCACCCAAAACCGCCUGGAUGUGAAGAUUUCACAAGCAACCUACAAGGACCCCAAUAAUUUAGCAUUUCAGCAGAUUAAAAUCUUUGGGACACAGGAACCCAGCAACGUUACAGUGAAACACAAUGGUGUCCUGAGUCAGACUGCUCCCAAGGUCACAUAUGAUGCUCAGCUGAAGGUUGCCAUCAUCACAGAGAUCAGUCUUGUGCUGGGAGAGGAAUACACAGUGGAGUGGAACACAAUCAUCAGAGAUGAAGAAAAAAUAGACUGCUACCCUGAUGAGCAUGGUGCUUCUGAAGCAAACUGCAUUGCCCGAGGCUGUGCCUGGGAGGAAUCCAGUUCUGUUGGAGUCCCUCAUUGUUAUUUUGUCAAUGAUCUGUACUCUGUGAGCAAUGUCCAGUACAACUCCCAUGGGGCCACGGCUGACAUCUCCUUAAAGCCUUCUGUUUAUGCCAACACCUUCCCCUCCACACCUGUGAAUCCCCUCCACCUGCAGGUGACCUACCAUAAGGAUGAAAUGCUGCAAUUUAAGAUUUAUGACCCCAACAAGAGUCGUUAUGAAGUCCCAGUCCCCUUGAACAUAACCAGUACUCCAUCCAGCACCGUGGAGAGUCGACUCUAUGAUGUCCUCAUUAAGGAGAAUCCAUUUGGAAUAGAAAUUCGCCGUAAGAGUACAGGCACUGUAAUUUGGGACUCUCAGCUCCUUGGCUUCACCUUCAAUGACAUGUUCCUCCGCAUCUCCACCCGCCUGCCCUCCAAGUACAUCUAUGGCUUUGGGGAAAAUGAGCACACAGCCUUCAGGAGAGACUUGAACUGGCACACGUGGGGCAUGUUUUCCAGAGAUGAACCCCCCGGGUACAAGAAGAAUUCCUAUGGCGUCCACCCCUACUACAUGGGACUAGAGGAGGACGGCAGUGCCCAUGGAGUUCUCCUGCUGAACAGCAAUGCCAUGGAUGUGACUUUCCAGCCCACACCUGCUCUGACAUACCGUACCACAGGGGGAAUUCUGGAUUUUUAUGUGUUCUUGGGGCCAACUCCAGAGCUUGUCACUCAACAGUACACGGAGGUGAUUGGCCGACCUGUGAUGGUACCUUACUGGUCCCUGGGGUUCCAGCUGUGUCGCUAUGGAUAUGAGAAUGAUUCUGAGAUUUCCAGCUUGUAUGAUGAGAUGGUGGCUGCCCAGAUCCCCUAUGAUGUGCAGUACUCAGACAUUGACUACAUGGAGCGGCAGCUGGACUUUACCCUCAGCCCCAAGUUUGCUGGGUUUCCAGCCCUGAUCAAUCGCAUGAGGGCUGAUGGGAUGCGGGUCAUCCUCAUCCUGGACCCAGCCAUUUCUGGCAAUGAGACACAGCCCUAUCCUGCCUUCACUCGGGGAGUGGAGGAUGAUGUCUUCAUCAAAUAUCCAAAUGGUGGAGGCAUUGUCUGGGGAAAGGUGUGGCCUGAUUACCCUGAUAUUGUUGUCAACAGCUCUCUGGAUUGGGACAGUCAAGUGGAGGAAUACCGAGCUUAUGUGGCCUUCCCAGACUUUUUCCGUAAUUCAACUGCCUUGUGGUGGAAGAGAGAAAUUGCAGAACUGUACAACAACCCAGAGAAUCCAGAGAGGAGCUUGAAGUUUGAUGGCAUGUGGAUUGAUAUGAAUGAACCAUCGAGCUUUGUGAAUGGGGCUGUUCCUUCAGGCUGCAGUGAUGCCAGUCUGAACCGUCCUCCCUACAUGCCACAUCUGGAGUCCAGGGACCGGGGCCUAAGCAGCAAGACCCUGUGCAUGGAGAGUGAGCAGAUCCUUCCAGAUGGCUCCCGGGUGCGACACUAUGAUGUGCACAGCCUGUACGGGUGGUCCCAGACCAGACCCACAUAUGAAGCUGUGCAGGAGGUGACUGGACAGCGAGGGAUCGUCAUCACCCGCUCCACAUUCCCCUCCUCUGGCCGCUGGGGAGGACACUGGCUGGGAGACAACACUGCCGCAUGGGACCAGCUGAAGAAAUCUAUCAUUGGCAUGAUGGAGUUCAGCCUCUUUGGCAUCUCCUAUACGGGAGCAGAUAUCUGUGGGUUCUUUCAAGAUGCUGAGUAUGAGAUGUGUGCUCGCUGGAUGCAGCUUGGAGCCUUUUACCCCUUCUCCAGGAACCACAACACCAUUGGCACCAGGAGACAAGACCCUGUGUCCUGGGAUGCUGCCUUUGUGAAUAUUUCCAGGAGUGUGAUGGAGACCCGAUACACCCUGUUGCCAUAUCUGUACACCUUGAUGUUCAAGGCCCACACGGAGGGCAGCACUGUGGUGCGGCCUCUUCUGCACGAGUUUGUGUCAGACCGGGUGACAUGGGACAUAGAUGAUCAGUUCCUGCUGGGUCCAGCCUUCCUAGUCAGCCCCGUCCUGCAGGCUAAUGCUAGAAGUGUCACUGCGUAUUUCCCUGGAGCCCGCUGGUAUGAUUACUACUCGGGUGUGGAUAUUAAUGCAAGGGGAAUGUGGAAGGACUUGGAAGCCCCUCUUGACCACAUUAACCUUCAUGUCCGUGGGGGCUACAUCCUGCCCUGGCAGGAGCCUGCACUGAACACACAAUUGAGCCGCCAGAAAUUCAUGGGCUUCAAGGUUGCUUUGGAUGAUGAGGGAUCUGCUGAGGGCUGGCUCUUUUGGGAUGAUGGGCAAAGCAUCGAUACCAUUGAAAAUGGAAUAUAUUAUUUGGCCUACUUUUCUGCCAGCCAGAAUACAAUGCAGAGUCAUGUAAUUUUUAACAAUUAUGUUGUUGCUACAAACCCAUUGAAAUUGGGCUACAUUGAAAUCUGGGGUGUGGGCAGUGUCUCUGUUUCCAGUGUGAGCAUCACUUUGAGGAACGGGAAUGAAAUACCCCCCUUCACCUACAACUCUACAACACAGGUGUUAAAAAUUGAUGUGACCCGCAAAAGCAUCAGCCUACAUGAUUUCCUUUCAUUGACAUGGAAAAGCUCUCCAUAAAUUUUUAGAGCAAGAUCCUAACUUUGAACAACUCUGAAGAUACUUAUACUUCAUGCCCAUAAAAUUAUUGUGCAUUGUUAUUGAUUCUUGCCCAGUAUGGAAAAGAUAUUUUAUUGAUUUGAUCAUGUUUUAUCUGUGAAUCCUAAACAUUAAAUUUUAGCUCUGUGGGAUAGACAGUAGAGAGGUGUGGAAAAUCUAUGGAUUGUCUUAACGUCUCUGUGUGAUUAGUAUGGUACAGAUGAUUCAUCAUAUGAGGAUGAACUGGUACCAUGCAGUGUGUGUAUGUGUGUGUGUCUGUGUAUGUAAUUAUGGAAUGGGCCCUACUUUCUUGCUACGGACGUAGAAAAAACUUGUCAUGACAUUUCCUGGUCUUGAAGCUAAGCAGUACCUCAAGAAAGCAUUCAUAAAGAGCAUCUGCUAGUUGCUUAUAGGGAGAGGGGAAAAAUAUGCUAAGAGCAUGAUGUAAGAGCGGAAACCACAUCCACUCUGGAAGACCACAAAGACAAAAGCAUUUAUUUACCUUACACUUUUGACAUCUUCUGUUAACAAUAGGAAAAUAAAAUAUAGGUGCAAGAUAAGCAGGGAAGAUUUGAGGCCACAAAAGAUGAUGACAAAAGUGAUCACAAAUUGUCAGGAAUAGUGGCCUCAUGGGGAAGGGAAAAGAAGAGUCAACUCAUUUGAAAGAGAGCAGUGAAGGAGUUUGGGUAUGAAAGGUAAUUUAUUUUCACACUAGUGUGCUUUGAAAUGUAUAAAUCAUGUGUGUCCACCUUGCCUAAUAUGCGUAACCACAAUUCACACAAACACAUGCAAUCUAUGUGUCACAGAAAAAUAAAAGAAGUGAAUUUGCAAAA